GAAUAUUCUCAAAGAGAAUAUUGGAUAUAACUGUUGGAGGCAGUUUCUAACACAGGAAGUUGAACUGUUACAAGAAGAAAGUAGAAAUUAAAGAACCAUCAUGGAAAUGGUUUCAAGGAGAAGAAAAGGUAGUAGAAAGAUGUCAGAAAAUAUGGAUAACGUUGUAGAAGGAAGUGUAGAUGACCGGCUCCAAAAAGAUGCAGAAGGAAAUGAAAGUAUACGAAAGACACUGAGAGGAAAAGUAAGAGAAAAGUUUAAAAAUGCUAAGAUUAAUCAAGGUGGAAAACCUUCAGUUCAGUUGCUCACUGAUAAGUCUAAAGUCUCACUGGAUGAAGGUCUUUCAUUUUUCAUUCUGAACGGUGAAGAAGGCUCAGCUUUGGACCAGUCUUCAGAGCAGAGAUCAGUAAAUGACAAUUACCCCAAACAUUUUUCACUUGAUGAUAAUUUACAAAAUGUUGUUGAAAGCCAAGAUGAAGAUUUUAUGGAAGAAGUCAUUUCUACAGAUUUAGUUGAAAUAAAAGCUUCUGAAUAUGAGGAAGAUCAAGAACAAAUAAAAAAAAAACAGAAAAGUAUUUUUGUGCCAAGUAGUUCUCCAGUGGACAGCCAGCAUAAACUGCCAAAAGAUAUGAUGCCACGCAUUUUAGAAGAUGAAGGGUUCUAUAUUCAGAGAAAGCCAAAAAUAUAUAAGAAGACCUGUAACAAAAUGGAAAAUCGCCUGCUUAAAUUGGAAGAGGGAAAGUGUUGGUUUGAAGAAAGUGGAGAAUUAAUGUCGUUACCUACACCUAUUAAACAGUCAUGGAAUUUCCUACUAAACAUAAGCAAGGAAUCUUUAAAUCCAGCACAAACGACCAUAUACAGGAAGGCGGUAAAAUAUGAUGUAGGAAGCUCUUUUAGGAAGAAAAUUGGAAGUCAAAGGGAAAUGUACCAAUUAGAUCUCAAUAUUGUGGGUUUGCAAUUCAGCCAUCAUCAUCUUUUCAACCAAGAACAAGUGUUAUGUGCUAGGCUGCUUCACCUUUAUGAAUGUUUUCAGGACAGGCAGCAACAGAAUUUACCUCAGCUACUUUACGAGAAGCUGAAAGCAUUGACAGAUGCUACCAAAUUAGCAAAUGAAAAUUCAAAUGCAUACCAGCUGACCAGAAAAACUCUACAAGAUUAUAAUUGGCAGAUAAGUAAUACAAAACAGCUAUAUGACUUAGAAAGGAAAAAGGACCUCUCCCUACUACAAAGUAUGUUACGGACUUGGAAACAGAUAAAAUCUCUUCGACAACGGCAAGGGUUUACAAGCACCACAGUAAAGUUGCAGGUUCAGAGGAUAAAAAGAAAUAAAUAUGAUGAACAAGAACAAAGGAAAAUGUCAGAAACGUAUGAGACUGAGAAGAAAACUGAAGGAAAAGCACUUACCAAUGAAGAAAAGCAGGAGAACCACUCAUAUUUAGCUUCAGAUCUUAAAGAAACAGAAAUCAAAAGAAUAAAGCUAAUUAAUUUGAUGCCACAACUUUCCUUCACUGAAGAAUUAACAAACUUAUCCAAGUGUUCACUACAUGAACAAAAAAGGAGAAGCAAAAUUCAGAAGCUUAAAUAUUUUAUUAAAAUAUUUUACAAUGAUAAACAAGUUUCUCGUACUUCAGUAUCUCCCCUACAGUUUGAUUUUAAAGUCAUGUUUCAGCAAAUUUUCAAUAUUCGGUUAUUAUAUUGGCCUGAAACAAUUUGCUUGAAGGUUUAUGAAAUAAGUAAAAGUACAAGAUUACUGGCAAAACUAUAUUUACCUUUCCCUAACUACACAGAGCUGAAAGGCAAAAGUAUUUUGGAAUAUGUGGAGUUUAGCUCUGAUAAGCUGGUCACACCUGUGGAUGGAGAAGUAGGAAGCAAUGUGCCUUUUAUUCUUGAGGAAAAUGGAACUGAAGAACUGUGUCUUUUAACUUCGGGAAAACUUAGCUAUUCUCUUUCAUGGGCCUUAGAUGACGAUGGCAUUCCUUUGACGCCUCUGUCCCAGUUAUCAAGAUCUACUUACUGCAGUAUGUUAAGGAAUGUGGAUGCAAGAGGGGUUCCUGGAAUUCCAUGGCUCACUAAUGCACAGAAGCUUUUUGAAUGGGCAAACGAAGUCAGAAUUGAUCCAAAUGAUCCAGAAUAUUCUGAUUUAAUGGAAUUUAUUAGGCACAUGAGAUAUAAGGAACAGGUUAUUCCAAAGUAUUUCCGUCUUGAACAAUUGCAAGAUGAAUUUAACUUUGUUUCUGAAGAGGAGAUAAUAAAGAAUAAACGUUUCCAGCUAUUUCAGCUUAGAAACACAAGUCUAUUAGAUAUUUUCCCUCUACAGCAAAUACCCCUUUAUGAAAGAGAAAUUCCAGAUUCAGUCUUUCAGGAGCAUAAAAGUAAGAUAGAGAAGGAUAUUACAGAUGUGAAUUCUAUUACUACACAAAGGAUUGAUUCUGCCAAUUUUCUGGAAAAGAUGAGAAGACUGAUACGGAAAAGAAUUGUCAAAAUUAGCAAAUUUAACUUGUCAGAUAUUGUGACAGAUUAUGAAGAAAUUGUUUCUACAAGAGUCUUGGAUAUGCCUACUUCUUUGACAUCUGUAUCUCGCCUCAGACAUAAAGAAUCAAUCCAAUCAGUAGCCUCAGAGGAGAUCCUGAAUGAGAGCAACGUGUACCGGUUGGCAGGUGGUGCCGGCAGGCGUGGGGAGCUGCUAGCCGCCACCCUUAGCAAGGUGCUCGGCUUCCGCUACCAAGACCUCCGACAGAAAAUCCGGCCAGUGGCCAAAUAGCUGCAGUUUAACUACAUCCUUGUGGAUGCAGAGAUCGUCUCCAUUGACACCUUCAACAAGUCACCCCCAAAGAGGGGCCUGGUUGUGGGGAUCACGUUCAUCAAGGAUUCAGGGGACAAGGGCAGCCCCUUCCUUAACAUCUACUGUGACUAUGAGCCUGGCUCUGAGUACAACCUUGACUCCAUUGCCCAGAGCUGCCUGAACCUGGAGCUCCAGUUCACUCCUUUCCAGCUAUGCCAUGCAGAGGUUCAGGUUGGGGAUCAACUGGAGACUGUGUUUCUCCUGAGUGGGAAUGACCCGGCCAUUCAUCUCUACAAGGAGAAUGAGGGGCUGCAUCAAUUUGAGGAACAGCCUGUGGAAAACCUCUUCCCAGAGCUCACCAACCUGACCAGUAGUGUCCUCUGGCUUGACGUCCACAACCUUCCUGGCACAUCCCAGCGCCUCUCAGCUGUGGGCUGUCAGAAUGGCUAUGUCCGUGUUGCCCACGUGGACCAGCAGAGUCAAGAAGUUUUGCAGACAUGGACGACCCUGCAGGAUGGCCCCAUCUCCCGAGUGAUCAUGUUCAGCCUCUCAGCCCCCGAGGAGACGAAGGACAAGCCACAGCAGGAAGAGUACAGUGUGCUCGUGGCCAGCAUGUUGGAGCCAGCAGUGGUGUAUCGGGACCUGCUGAGCCGGGGUCUUGAGGACCAGCUUCUCCUUCCUGGCAGUGACCAGUUUGACAGCGUUCUCUGUGGCCUGGUCACUAAUGUGGAUUUGGAUAGACAGCCAGAAGUCCUGGUGGCCACCUAUGGACAGGAAUUGCUCUGUUACAAAUUCUGGGGCCCUGAGCUGGGGCUCCCUGACAGCGAGUGUGGUUUCCGCCUGCUGUGGCAAUGGAGCUUCUCAAGUCCCCUGCUGGCCAUGGCUCAUGUGGACUUGACUGGUGAUGGGCUGCGGGAGCUCGCGGUGGUCUCCCAGGGCGUGCACAUCCUGCAGCACAGCCUGAUCCAGGCCUCAGAGCUGGUCCUGACACGGCUUCGGCAUCAAGUGGAGCAGAGGAAACAUCAGUCACAAGGGAUGGGGGAGAGGAUGGGUUCAGGGCCUGCUGAGAACCCAGCCUCUUGAGCACCCACCCAUUCACUCUUCCCAGACCUUGGGCAGUUCAUGGGGUACCCACCUGCAACUGUUGAUGAGGGAUGUCCUGAAGGAGAGAAUGCUUUCCUCAUACCAGCCCCCUCCAAGCAUGGUGGAGCUGGGAGUUCUUGGCCUGGCUUUGGCCAGUGUGUCCUGUAAGCCCAGCCAACCGGCUCCUCUUUCUGUGCCCUAAUGUCCCUAUUUGAAAACAGGGUUGAUCCUACCCAACCCUCUCCAUUCCUCAAGAGAAUUCAUCAGCUGGUGAUUAUUUAUAUGUCCAGAGGAAAAAAUAAAUAAAAUAAAAUGGUAUUCUCAUUAUGGUUUAACUUAUCUUCCCUUAUUUCUAAUGAGGUUGGGUUUUUGUUUUCCAUUUUUUAAAAGAUCUCUUUCUUAAGAGAAGUUUAGGUUCACAGUAAAGGUAGGCCCAAAGUACAGAAAGUUCCCACAAACUCCCUCACUGCAAUACACAUGCCGCCUGCCUCAGCCUCAACAUCCCACAUCAGUGUGGUACCUAUAUUACAACCCAUGAGCCAACAUUGACACAGCAUUAUUGACCAAGGUCUACAAGGUUCACACUUUGUGUUGUACAUUCUAUGGGUUUUGACAAAUGUAUACUUACAUAUAUCUACCAAUAUAACAUCAUACAGAAGAGUUUCACUGCACUAAAAAUCCCCUGGGCUUCAUCUAUUCCUCCCUUCUUCCCCCUGGAACCUCUGGCAACUUUGUAUCACCGCCACAGUUUUGCCUUUUCCAGAAUGUCAUUGUAUGAAUUAGGAUUUUCCAGAUAAACAGAACCAAUAAGAUGUUUAUAGAGAAGAGAGAAAAAGAUAUGCAUUUAUUUUAAGGAAUUGUCUUACAAAAUUAUGGAAACUGGCAAGCCCAAAUCUGCAGGACAAGAUAGCAGGCUGGAGACCCAGGGGAGAGUUGAAUCUGAAAGCAAUCUGCUGGCAGAAUUCUCUCUUCUGCUGGGGAGGUCAGUCUUUUUCCUAUUAAGGGUUUCAACUGAUUGGAUGAAUUUCACCCUUAUUAUGGAGGAAUUUUACUCAAAGUCUGCUGAUUUAAAUUGUUUCUGAAAAAUAUCUUCACACACACACACACACACACACAAAUAAAUUGAGAAAGAAACAAAAAAAGAAAAAUGAAAACAUUUUUACAGAGAAAUCUAGAAUAAUGUUUAACCAAAUGUCUGGAAACUGUGUCAUAGACAAGUUAAAAUUAACCAUCACAGUCAUAUAGUUGGAAUCAUACAAUUGGAAGCCUUUUCAGAUGGGCUUAUUUCAAUUAGUCGUAUGCCUAUAAGGUUGCUACAUGUCUUUUAUGGCUUAGACACCCAUUUCUUUUUACCAAUGAAUAAUACGUGCAUAGUCCAUUGUGAGGAUGUAUUGUAGUUUAUUUAUCUCUUCACUUUGCACUUCUUUUUAUAAGUUUAUUUGCCAUUGGUAUUUUCUUUUCUGUGAAAUUCCAUUCCAUAUUUUUUGUACAUUUUCCUAUUAUAUUUUCUAUCUUUUUUUUGUAAGUUCUUUAUAUAUUACAGAUUCCAGCCCUUUGUCAGUUAUAUGUGCUAAAACUAUUUUUAUUUAAUGGCUUGACAUUUCAUUUUCUUUAUGAUGUAUUUUGAUGAAAAUAAGUUUUUAAUUUUACCAAUUAUUUCCUUUAUGGUUUGUGCUUUUUAAUAAGUCUUUUUUAAUAAAUGGUGGACUUCUUUUACUUUUCUUACUUUAAAACAUAUGUCAAUUUGCACUGAUAUGGUAGACCAUUGCAUUUUCUACACUUGGUUUUCGCCAAAGGCUGAGAAGUGAUACCAUUGUACUUUCUAAGGAAUGAUUAGAGAUAUCUUCCCCUAUAAUAUUCUUGUAUAUAAAAGUAUUUUUAAUUAAAAUAAAUAAUAAAUCAUAUUUUGAAAUCCAAACAGAAAUAUACACCUGUGUUUCUGUGUGCUCCCAAGAAGAAUCAAAACAGAUAUAGACUAGAAUAAUCCUGAUCCCAUAACUAAAUUUGGUGUUUAGGAACACACACACACAUACACAGAUAAUCCAGUGAAAACUGAUCUCAUUCCAUAUCCAAUUCUUUUAAUAUUUCUGUUCUUUACUGCUAGGUACAAAUUUCCUUUCUGACCAAGUAUCUGUCAUUAUUAAAUAUCUAAAAAUUUUUCAAAUAAUAUUACUUUUUAUCUUGAGAUGUGGGAAAAUUCACUUCUUAUGUAUACAGAGCAGGUUGUCUUAUGGAUUAGCCACCAUUUUGUGUGGUUUUCUAUGAGUUAUUUCAUAUAACUUUUAAAUUAAUGUUCCAUAUUAUCUCAUAAUUCAUAUGAUUUUAUAUGAUUUAUAUGCUUUGUACAAUGCCUAUGUUAAUGUAUAGUCUCCCACACACCCAAAGACUACAGGAACUCAGAAGAACUGACAAUCAUUUGCAUAUAUGUGAUGACAUCUUGUAGGCUAUAUAAAUAUUCAUGUCCUGAGUUUCACUUAUCAAAGCAAAAGUCUCCAGAUUGUAAACAGAAUUUGGAAGGAGAGGGAGACUCUGUUUAUCCCAUUAUUCCCACUUGAUAUGUGGGGGUGCCCUAAAAGAUCAGUAUACCUAGGAAUUUUGCUAUGGAUUAUUCUGUUAUUAGCAGAAUUAAAUAUGUUCUUCUAGAUUCAAAGCUGGCUCAGUUGUAUUUUCAGGGUCAUUAUCCACAGUUUGAAACAGACGCCCUUAUUUGGCUGCCUGUCUGGCCCUUGGGCCUCUUGCUUUGCCUUGUUCUCUGAUGCUUACUUUCUUGACCUUUUUCAGUCUUGUACAUGAAGUAGAGUAUUGACUUAAAGGAAAAACCUAUUAUGUUGUAUUAUAUAAUAUGUAUCAAGUUAAAUAAUUAGUAUAUAAGAUGUAUUUUCUUUAAAAGUUUAUAGAGGUAAAAUAUGUGGCCAUGUGCAUUUGGAAAUUUUUUUUUAUUAAGUCUUUUGUACAUAGAUCAUAAAUACAUUUAUGCCAAUUUCAGUGUGUUGAUUAUUUGAACAAAUUGGAGUGCUUACAUCAUACUAAUCAGCAUAGCUUUCACUUCAUUUACCCAAUUAUAACAUUAGGACAUUUGUGUUGUACACACGAUAGAUCCAACUUGUACUUGCAAGGUGCUCCAUAGUUGUGGUCCCCCUACCAUCCCCUACUAUCCCUUCACGUCCUUCCCAUCCCUGUCCCUCUCCUUCCCUCCUUCAUCUUAGGCUAGAGUUGUGUUUCAUUUUUCAUAUGCAAGUGUGAGUUAUUAUGAAUUGGUUUCACAGCAGUACUGAGUACAUUGGAUACUUUUUUUUUCCAUUCCUGAGAUACUUUACUAAGAAGAGUAUUUUCCAGCUCCAUCCAUGUAAACAUAAAAGAGGUAAAGUUUCCACUUUUUUUGUGCUGCAUAGUAUUCCAUGGUAUACAUAUACCACAAUUUAUUAAUCCAUUCAUGGGUCGAUAGGCACUUGGGCUUCUUCCAUGACCUGGCUAUUAUGAAUUGGGCUGCAGUGAACAAUCUGGUGCAAAUAUCUUUAUUGCCAAAUGAUUUUUUGUCUUUUGGAUAUACACCUAGAAGAGGAAUUGCAGGAUCAAAUGGCAGGUCUACAUUUAGAUCCUUGAGAGUUCUCCAAACUUGUUUGGAAAUAUUUGGAAUAUAAGAGACAUUAGAGCGAGAAGAUAUAUUAUAUUAAAUAAAUUAAUUUAGGAGAACAUAAAACAAUCAAUAAGAUAAAUAUACUUAUAAGUGAACUUUAAAGUUUUUAUAUCCUUGCAAUUAUAGCAGUGAGAUAAGCCAAGAACACAUUUGAGUACAACCAACUAGAUAAAAGGCUUUGGUUAAGGCAAAAAUUUCAUUUAGCACUUUUCUUUCCCUCUUACAAGACCUCUUUUCCCCUCUUCCAUGACAUAUUAGUGAACACAAGCCACAUGAAAAUUGAAUAAAUAAUAGUAAUUAAUAAAUAGUUAAUAGCAAUUAGUCUUAUGAUCCUUGCUUUGGAGAAGAAACUGUGGUAAAAUUUGAGGAAAGUUUGAAUAGAAUACAAAACACAAGAUAACACAAAAUGACUUGGGUGAUUUAAGAGAUAUACUAAGUUGACAAGCUAAAAAUGUCUUGAGAAUGUUAGGUGUCCUUUCUCCUGCUGGUGUGGAGUUGUGUUAUAAAUAUACAUUGCCCCUUGGUGUGUGCCACACCUUUUGGGGGCAAGACAUGAUUGCAAGAGGGACUUUGCCUAACAAAUGCAAUCAGUGUAAUUUAUUGUACCCAGUGUAAUCUAUUGUAUCCUUAAUGAAUCCCCAACAAUAAUAAAUAAAUAAAUAAAUAAACAUUGCCCCUCUCCCCUUGCCCUAAGGGCAAGAAGAAAGGAAACACUGGAGGAGCAAAAAAGCAAGUUAGCUUAUUGUUUUACUACUUAGAAACAUAUGGAAUCUUCAAUUUAACAUUGUUCUCUAAACUCAAUCAGAAAGUUUCAACUGUCACUGUCUGUAGAUCUCAAAAAGUUAUAGAAACUUGUUGGUGAUCCUUUGAAAUUGUAGUUGCUUCCUUAAGCGACACUCUUCAACAAAACACAACUUCAGUAGCAGCUGUAGAGGGAAAAAACCUGGUCUUUGGAGCCUAGCAAUACUAGGUCCCAUUCAAGGCUCUGUCACUUGCUGAUGGCAUUACUUUGUGCAAAUUAUUUAACUUUUCUCUGAGCUUCCAUUUCCUCGCGUAAAAUAAUCACUUUACAGGAUUGUGAUAUCUAUCACUGUU